AUGUCCUCGUCGGUGAAGCGUCAGAUCGCCGGCGCACCGGCAUCGCAGCUGGUCUUCCCCGACGAGAUCCUGGAGGAGAUCUUCCUCCGCCUCGACGCAGUGGAGGACCUCGUCCGUGCCUCCGCCGCCUGCACGGCCUUCCGCCGCGUCGUCUCAUCGCGCCGCUUCAGGUGCCUCUACCCCGCGCCCGUCCUCGGAGUCCUCGAGUUCGACGCACCGGGAAGAUUCCACCCGGCGGAGCCGCCCCACCGCUCCGCCCCUGCCGCACGCGCCCUCGCGCAGGCCGCCGACUUCACCUUCUCUUUCCUCGGCGCCUCUCACUGCUGGCAGAUCUGCGACGCCCGCGACUCCCACGUCCUCCUCUACCGGCGCGUCGGAGUCACUGGCGCGUUCGCUGACCUCAUGGUCUGCGACCCCUUGCUCCGCCGGCACGUCCAAUUACCCGCCAUCCCCGACGACCUAGCGGCUGCUACUGGGGGUUGGGGCAUGCAGGAAUUCGAUUCCUUCCUCGAUCCAUUCCUCGAUCCAGACAGUGACAAGGACAAGGAGAAGCCGGAUUUCUCAUUCCGGGUGAUUUGCGCUGUGCAGUGCGAACACAAGCUCGUGACCUUCCACUUCUCUUCAGUCACCGGACAAUGGCGAGGCAUCACGUUCAAUAGAACAAUUCCUUUGGACCCUUUCUUUGUUUCGUUUCAGAAGAUGUUUGAGCGCCAUUAUGCACACGGCUUCAUCUUCUGGACUAUCAGUAUUGUCAGCAGUUUUAUGGUCAUGCUCAACUUGAAUGAUAUGAAACUAUCAGUUGUUGACCUCCCUCCUGACAGUCAUGGUAACCCGCGAGCACGGGCCAUUGUGGAGGCAGGGGAUAGGUCUAUUCACUCUUAG